CACAUGCUUCGGAUCAGUGUCUCUAUAUAAAAGAGACAAGAACAGCUUUUAUCUGGGGAGAAGUUAUUUACAUUGAGGAGACAUGGCGCAGCAAACGAUUCAGCUGGAUCAAGAAAAAUUGAGCUGUUCUAUCUGUCUGCAACUUUUAAAGCAUCCAGUCACUAUUCCCUGUGGGCACAGCUACUGCAUGGACUGUAUCAAAAACUACUGGGAUGAGAAGAAAACACACAGCUGCCCUCAGUGCAGAGAGAUUUUCACACCACGGCCUGUCCUGGUGAAGAACACCAUGUUAGCUGAGUUAGUGGAGGACCUAAAGAAAGCAGAACAUCAGACAGCUUCAUCUGAUCAUGCCUAUGCUGGACCUGGAGAUGUGUCCUGUUCUGGGAGGAAGCGGAAACCCUCCGAGUCCUGCCUGGUGUGUAUGGCCUCUAACUGUGAGCAUCACCUCCAGCCUCACUACAACGUAGCUCCAAUAAAGAGACACAAGAUCAUUAAAGCCACUUCAAAGCUUCGGGAGAACAUCUGCCCUCGCCAUGAUGAGGAGAUGAAGAUCUUCUGCCGCACUGAUCAGCAGUGUAUCUGUUGUCUCUGCUUAAUGGAUGAACACAAAGACCAUGACACAGUGUCAGCUGCAGCGGAAAGAGCUGAGAAGCAGAAAAGGUUUGGAAGAAAUCGACAAAAAUUUCUUCAAAGAAUUCAGGAAAGAGAGAAAGAUGUGAAGAUGCUUCAUCGGAAAGUGGAGGCAAUCAAUCUUUCUGCUGAUAAAGCUUUCAGAGAAUGUGAUAAGGCUUUCAAAGACUUGAUCAGUCUCAUUGAGAAAAAAAGCUCUGAAGGGAAGCAGAAGAUCAGAUCCAAACAAAAUGCGGAACAGAACAGAGUCAAAGAGCUUCAGGAGAAAAUAGAGCAGGAGAUCAGAGAUCUGAGGAGGAGAGACACUGAACUGCAGCAGCUCUCACUGACUGAGGAUCACCUCCAUUUUCUGAAAAGCUACUCCUCACUGUCACAUCUGAGUGCAUCUACAAACGUACCCACCUACAACAAUGUUACUCUGCAGUACUUUGAGGAUGUGACUGCAUCUGUGUCACGGACCAGAGAUAAAGUGAAGGCUCUUCUCAGUGAUGAAUGGCCCAAAACCAGAGACGACUUUUUGAAAUAUUCUUGUCAGAUCACUCUCGAUCCAAAUACAGCACACACACUGUUGUCACUGAGUGACAGCAACAGAAAAGUAACACUGAUGAGUAGAAACCAGUCAUAUCCGAGUCAUCCAGACAAAUUCCUUGAAUGGUGGCAGGUCCUGAGCAGAGAGGGUCUGACUGGACGCUGUUACUGGGAGGUGAAGUGCAACGGGAUGGUUGGAGUAGCUGUUGCAUACAAGGAUAUCGGCCGUAGAGGGACCAGAGAGGAAUGUGGAUUUGGAUUAAAUGACAAAUCCUGGGCGUUAACAGUUUCAGACAGUGGUUAUGAAUUCAAACACAACAACAUUCCCACUCCCAUCCCAGGCCCUCUGUCCUCCAGAAUAGGAGUAUAUUUGGAUCACAGGGCAGGAACUCUUUCUUUCUACAGCAUCACUGAGACCGUGAAUCUCCUCCACAGAGUCCAGACCAGGUUCACUCAGUCUCUCUAUGUUGGACUGUGGCUUCCACAAAGUGCUGGACACACUGCUGAGGUGUGUGAGCUCAAGAAGAGAAUAAACAUAAAAUAGUGAAAUUUGAUGCCAUGUGCUACUUGUUGAAAUGUGUUUAUCUAUCCUGCACCUGUUAAAGAUGAAUCUUUAUGGAUAUGAGAAUAACAUUUAAUUUCUUUGAUUGUCUUGUUUUCAAUAGCUAUUUGGGUAAAACUGGUUAUUUGGCAAAUCAACAUUCAUUUCUUAUAUAGUUUAUAUUUAACCACUGUUUUGUUGUAACAUUAGCAGAAAAAACUCACACAAAUAUAAAUUCAUAUGAAAAUAACUUCAGUAUAUUUAAAAUUAUAGAGAAAAAUAAUUAUGUAUCAGAUAAGUUGAAAUCAGGGUUAUUAUGGUGUUUGCAUUUUUAAUGUACUUUUUAUUUCUACAUUUAAGUUGGUGGAAAAUGAUUGUAAAAUGUUUAAUUUCAGUUAUGUUUUCAUGAACUUUUUUUAUUUACUGUUGUUUGUGAAAUAAAGUGAGCAAUGUACACUAAA